CUCUGCUAAACACGUGACGACAACCGUCUCCCACUGUAAAUAUAAAAAAAAGAAGAAAACGACGUCAUUUAGCUCUGCUCCAAUCUCCAAAACCGAGAGGGAGAGAGAGGCGAUCGUAGCAGUAAAGGAGAAUCACAAAUGGCGUCACCAUCACAAAAAGGAAUAGUGAUAACAAUUCCAGUUUUAGUUCUCUCAGUCUCCGCCGCCGCAAUCUUCUUAUUCUUCCUCUUAUCUUCCCUCUCUUCGUCUUCUCCUUGCGCUUGCCCUCCUUCGACUCCCAGUCGCACCAUCGCAACCGCCGCCGCCGUAUCUGGCGGUUCAGCGGAGGAGGAAGUUGGGAAUCGGAGGAUUCCGACGAGCAGAGAGGACAUAGGAUGGGUAAAAGAUCAGAUCCAAGCUAAUGGAUUACAUAUGCAAGAUAAUGUGCUUCGUAAAGGGAUCAAUCCUCGAACUCGCGCUCAACAAUUAGAGGAUCUCAACAACUUUAAGGGUAUUUCACACUAUGAAGGAUCUGAAGCAAACAACCGCACAGCUUUUCCAUGCCCUGGUGAGCUUCUUGUUGAAGAGCACCAUAGUAAUUAUGGUGAGCCAUGGGCUGGAGGCCGGGAUGUGUUUGAGUUCCUUGCUGAAUCUAGCCACCUAACUGCUGAUUCCCGCGUGCUUGAGAUCGGUUGUGGAACACUUCGUGUGGGAUUGCAUUUUAUUCGGUAUCUUAAGCCAGAGCAUUUCCAUUGUCUUGAAAGGGAUGAGCUUUCCUUGAUGGCUGCAUUUAGGUAUGAGCUUCCUUCACAAGGGCUUUUACAUAAACGACCUUUAAUUGUGCGUGGUGAGGAUAUGGAUUUCACAAAGUUUGGAUCAGAUGUUGUGUAUGAUUUGAUAUAUGCUAGUGCUGUUUUUCUUCAUAUGCCGGAUAGGCUUGUGUGGGUUGGACUUGAGAGGUUAGUGAAUAGGUUGAAGCCUUAUGAUGGGCGCAUAUUUGUUUCGCAUAACAUAAAGUUUUGUUCUCGACUCAGAGGGGAGGAAUGCACGAAGAGGCUUACGAGUUUAGGGCUCGAGUAUAUUGGAAAGCAUACACAUGAUAGUUUACUGUUCAAUCACUAUGAGAUUUGGUUCGGGUUCAGACGGUCCAAAGCUUAGAUGUUCUUAUAUAGUCUUGUUAGGAUUUGUUAUCGGGAGGGGAUGAAUGCACAAAGAGGCUUGCGAGUUUAGGGCUUGAGUAUCUAGGAAAGCAUACACAUGAUAGUUUACUGUUCAAUCACUAUGAGAUUUGGUUCGAGUUCAGACGGUCUAAAGUUUAGAUGUUAUAAUACAGUCUUGUUAGGAUUUGUUAUUUACUAUUCAGCAAGCCAGAAGUGAGAUACAGAUUGUCACCUUUUGGUUAAUUCCACCAUUCUCAUGGAAGCUUAACUCUGUUAUACCAUUGAUCAAUGGAUGCGAAACAGAAGGUGCUGUAAUUGCAGAGAUUUUUGUUUGAAUGGUUCAUAUCUUUUUGUGCAGUACAUCAACCUUAUUUGUAUUUUCUUUUUCUCAAGAAAAGGUAGCUGGUGUAACCUUAAUGUAGGUAUUCAAGCUGAAUAGAACAAUUCAAAAGCUAAAGCUUCAUGCUUUUUUUGGCUGUCAAGUGAUGUAUUAGCUAGUUGGAAUUUGAAUAUUAUUUGCAAAUCAAUUUGCUGUUAAUUUCUUCCUCCUUCCCAAACUUGAAUUUCACAAUCUGGCCUUUGCCUAUGCCAACUUUUUCUUAUUUUAUACUUGAGAUUACAUGAUUGAACUCUGGACACUGCAACUAAAGUAACAAACCAUAUCAAUCUCUGUCGCUAAAAUUAAAAAUCUAGUCUUCUAUCAAUACAUCACAUGAUUUUUAGCGUAUACGAUGAAUAUUCUAUCGAUGGAUCACACAACUAUUGGUGCAUAUGGUAAACAUCAGUUCAACAAUUUCAUCAAUUUGUUUAUUCAUUUUCAUCUACAA